AUGGGGACCCCUCUAACCUGUGGGGGGGGGCUGUGCAGGGGCCACUGGGACCUGGGGGGCCGGGCCGCCGCCUCCGCCCGCUGCCCGGGGGCCUCUUGCUGCGGGACCUGCCACGCCCGCUACUGCUGCGGGGCGCGGCCGGACCGCCUGGACCAGGACGCCUGCCCCGACCCGCCCCCCCCCGCCCGGCGCGCACGGAGGGGGGGGAGGCCCCGGGGCCCCCCCAAGGAGGCCGAGGUGGAGGACGGAGGGGGGGGCGCCGAGACGCCCCCCAGGCCCCUCCCCCAGAUCAUGAUGCCGAGAAACAUGACGGCAGCCGACGCCCUCAAACCCCCGCUGGGCGCCGCCCAGGUGGCCCCGCCCCCGGGCCGGCAGGUGGACGUCGACGUCUGCAGGGGGUACUACGACGUGAUGGGUCAGUUCGACGUCACCUUCAACUGUUCCAAGGACACCUACCUGUACUGCUGCGGGACGUGCCACUACCGCUUCUGCUGCGAGCACCAGCGGGACCGGCUGGACCAGGACUCCUGCAACAACUACAAGUCUCCCAAGUGGGCGACCACGCAGACCGCCUCCACCCCGCCCACCGGCAACCGCCUUUCACCCGACUUCGAGACGCUGCAGCAGAACAGCAGCAGCACGGCCUAUGUGAUUGGAGGGGUGAUCUCCUUCACGCUGGUGGUUGCCGUAGGGAUCAGGAUCGCCUUCAGCAAGGUGUCGCGCCGAGCCCGCCAUCGAGACAUGCCCAGGUGUGUCUCUCUUCAUUUGCCUCCUCUCAGCGAGUGGGAUCGAGAGCUCCAGGUGGAUUAG